AAUUUGUCUUUUGGCACAGAUGGAGAAACUUCAAAGAGAGAUUAGGGGAUCUAAAUUUGUAGAGGUGAUGGACAAACACUUCCGCUGCAAAUUCCACUCCAAAAGGCAUCCACUGUCUUUGCGUUUAAUCGAUGAAUACUCCUCCAAAGCUCAUGCACGUAGGCAUUGCCUUCCCAAGAGCUACUUCGAGUCCUUUCUAACAACUGCCGCCACCACUUUGUCCCUUCAACUGCUAACAUUUUAGCUGUUUUGUUGUAGUCACUUCCUCUAUCCAGUCACCUCUAAAACCUGAAAAGAUUGUCUUCCAUGUCAUUACUGACAAGAAACUUAACUCGGAUUUGCCCUCGUGAAAGGAGUUCAUGAGUUUGAUUAACAAGAGAGAACGUUCUCGUGCCUGGAGCUUUUGAGAACCAUAAUGGGUUCAGAAAUUACCAUCAUGGCAAUCAUGUUGCCAAGGCAAACCUCUCUGAUAGUACGCCCGGAACAUUUGCUUCAAAAUUGCAGGCUAGAAAUCCGAAGUAGUUAUUCUUGGUCAACCAUCUUCAGAUAAAUUUAGCAGAGGUUAUCAAAUCAGACCAGAUAAAACCAUGAAAUUAAA